AUGACGACGCCAUUUGAGAACCCCAGCAAGAUUGCGAACAAUGUGAAGAGCGGCAAGUGGACAACUCCUUUGCUCGUGGCUGCCGGGGUUGGAGCGGCGGCUUGGUACAUGGCGACGAAGCGCGACUACAAACCCCCAUCGCCCGACCGUGACCCACGCGCACCACCGUCUCAGAUGAAGUAA